AUGGAGCGGGACAAGACAAAAGUCUCGGUACCUGCACUUACGAGAGCAGGAUCGACACCACCAAAGGAGUCGAACACAAUUCAGCGCCCGCCUAAGACAUCAAAUUUUAUCAAACGCCCAGAGACAAGUCAUAGUGAUAUAGCUAGUGGUUUCACCUUCGCGCAAGCUGGGAAGCCUCAAAUGAACUUCUCUUUCGCGCCAAAGCAACAAGUCAAUCCUGAACGAACUCGAGAUGCCACUACACCAUUAGCACAACAACAACCAGAUAUUCGUAAAGCCGUAUCGCCUGCAGAGAACCAGACUAGUCAUCAACAAGGUCAAACGUACAUUCCAUUCCCAACUCUAUUUGACGGGUCCAAACUAGAUCUCAAUGUAUCAAAUCGAUCGUCUCCUGUCGUGGAAGAAGGAGUCCGACCAAUGCAAUCACAAAAUAACACAUCCACCCCACCGGCUCCUUCACCUCAGCAUCCACAACUUGAAACCGGCGACACUACAACUUCUGCUGACACUACGCUGGUCGAGCUUGACAAUGACCGCUUUGCUCAGAGUCAGCGGUCAGCCCAAAAUCACCCUGCCGGAACUCCCAGUCGCCAUGCCUCAAGGCAGCCAUCACGUGGCCCUGCCAUCGUGGCUAAGCGCCCGAAGAGCCAGAAGACUGCCGAAAGGGUUAUGGCUGACUACCUUGAGAAGCAAAGACAAAUGCAAGCCCAGAACGAGAUGAGCUUCCAGCAAAGUCUUCAAGACGCAUUCGAUGCACUAAAUCAGAAAGAGCAAGAAGUCAUGGUGCUCGAUGGUCAUCUGACAACAAUCUCUAAAGCUUAUCAAGAGCUUCAAGCAAAGAUGACCAAGAAAGAGUCUGAGCUGAAUGAGGUCGAGCAGACGAAAAAGCAAUGGAGAAAGAAGCUUAAGAAUCUGACCGAUUUUGUUCAAGGCUUAUGCAACGAUCACAAUGCUCUUCGUAAUAAAGAGCAAGAAAUGGCAAAACAGCGCCAUGAUCUCAAUUCAGAAGAGCGAUCCAUUCGAGGUUCUCUGAUUGAAAUCCAAGACAAACAGACGAUCAAUGCAGAGAAGUCUCAAAGUCUUGUGUCAGGAUAUCGUACGGAAAUCAAGUCUCUUCAUGACACAAUCGGCAGCCUACAGCAUCGAAUUCAAGAUAGAAUGUCUCAGCCUCCAAUUCAGCACGCUGACUUCUCCAAACUCGAGUCAGCCCUUGCUCAGAUCACCACUGACAACCAAGACUGGAGGCAGGGAUACUUCGAUAGCAACAAUCAGGUAACAUUAAGUGACUUAAACACAACACAUAUCAUUGACAUAGAUUCCCUAAUUGACAAACCAGAUGCGGUGCCUGUUCCUGUACAGUACGUCGCCGACCCUGAGCUCAAACCAAUACUCGACGAAUGCUUAGCAGUAGUACGGCAGAUGCUUGAUCGCGACCAUGUACAGCCAAGUGACGUCAAAAAUCUUGAGCUGGCGAUGCAGACAUACAACAUGAGCGUAAAAGACUCCGUACAGCUGUUCGAGAAGAAGUCCGAAGAGAAUACUACUUGUGCUCAAAAGCUAGCUCUCUCUGUCCAGAAUCAGCUCGAGGAGCUUUCUCGAAGUUCCCCUAAUGCCAAGCUACUACAAGACCAAAUAAUCGAACAUCGCGAGACCAAAGCUUGCAUUAACGAACAGCUGAAUGGAACAAGGCUUCAGCUGACUGAGGCUCGAUGUGAACUUUCUCACCUUCGUGCACAUGAGCAAGGCCAGAUGCAAAAAAUCCAUUCACUUCAGACUGAGGUUGUCAAAGCACGAGAGCAACAACGGACGCCACCUGUCAUCAUGCUUCGCUUACAUGAUCUUGAGUUGGAGAAGAGAGACCUUUCAAAUUCGAAGAUUGAAAUGGAGAAGCAGACGCAGGUGCUCUCCAAAGAAUGUCAUCAGAAAGAGGCCGAGCUUAACAAAGUCUUGAGCCAACUCGCAAGCAUUCAAGUUCAGCUUGAGGAGUCGCAAGCUGCACAAAAUAUGCUUCAGGCUGAGCGAUCUGACCUACAAAGCCAGUUGACAGCCCAGAAAUCCGUGGAUGAGCUGAGGAUGACGAACUUCAACGACGCCCUGCUUGCCCGCCAGCAACAAGAAUUUGACGACGAGAAGCAGAUCCUUGAAAGUGAGCUUCAGAAGGCUGGGAGCAUGAUCCAAGAAUUGCAGCAACAGCGGGCAGCACUCCCGGCUCGAGUGGAUGGCUUGGAGGAGAAGGUUAUGGAGCAGGUGCAGAGACUUGAAAAGGAAAAGCAGGAUGAGGUAAGCAUCCAAUUUUCGAAUGAUUACAAAGCUUAUCGACCUUCAAAGAUGUGCAAAACGAGCGAGCUACAACAGAAGGUCAUGGCUUUACAAGUCGACCUGGAUGAGAAAGAAAAGCAGCGGCAGUUGGCUGAUGCAUCAUUCCGCCGUAUGAGUGCCAACGUGGAGGAUGUGAAUUUGAGACACUCCGAGCUCCAAGCAAAAGUCAAUCGAACUAGCCAGGAACUAGAAUUCAAGAGUCGCAAGCUCGAUGGCCUCAAAAGGCGGCUUGCUGAGGAGAAAGGUCCGGUAGAGAACUCGCCAGCGAAGUCCCAGUACUUCAAUGGUUUACCAUCGAGAGUGCUUGAAGACUCUCAACCGCGCGAGUUGGGUGACCUCAUCGAGGCCCAUGAAUCGUUUAGCGAUCCUCCUUUGCUCUCAGAUGAGGAUUUCUCGAUGCUGUUCCCCAAAGAUCAGGUAUUCAAUGAUUUCACAGUGGAGCGAACAGACACAUCGACUUCGAGCACAAGGGUGAUAUCUCGAGAAAGUGACACGCCACAACCUAGAUCUAGAACUCGCGGCCGUAUCAUUGCGGAGGAUUCACAAGAAUCUCAACCACAGCGCAAGGAAGUGGCAGCAAACCAAUCUAGACACCUAGCACCAAGCUCUCCUGCUAGGCUCAAUGCAGGAUCUCAGAUCCCACGUGCUGCUUCUUCUCAACGAUCUGGAGCUACGAGUCAGACCAAACGUUCCGCAUCCAUCGCGGAGUUCGGCGCUGGCAACAUAGUUCCACCCAAGAAGCAGCGACAAGAUUCUCAGCUUUCCGACUUGGGACCUAUGAUCGACUCGCAAUCCCCAGAUCAUCUGCUUGGGGGCCGCGGCCGUAAGGUCUCGACUUCUCGCAAGUCACAGUCUCAGCCUAAGGCUCGGAAAGGUAGGUCUAAGAAUAAGAGUGGAGUCCAGAACAGAGGCUGA